AAUACUCUUUGUAGAGUAUUCCCUCUUGUGAAGUUUCAGAGCAGGAGUGAGAUAAUAUUUUAUUGAAGGAGGCAUUUUAAGUCCCCUUGCAGCAAAGAUGGCCUGCUGCACUUAAAUUGAAGUACAGCCAUGUACUUCAAUUUGUACUUUAAGUAUUUUGCUGUUGCAUAUUCAGGGAUGUUUUUUUUUCCUGUUCUAGGUAUGUAACACAAUUGAUGAGGUUUAUAAACCCCAGCUUCUGAAAACGACAGUUCUGCGUUUAAGGAAGUUACCCUAGCGGGGGCAUACAUCCCCCAAGGUGCCUAUCAAAGAGGAGGAGAAUCCUGCCACAUGCAUGUCAUUAUUUUCUCUGAUCAACCUCUCUAUGCCCACUGGGAAUGGAGACCUCUGCAUCUGAGAUAGAAGAAGCCUUCCAACACGACAAACAUGCAAAGUAGAGCUCCUGGACGAGGGAGUAGACCUUGACAGAGUCAUUUCUACCCCAAUGGACCAAACCAGCCUCGCUAGAAACCUUUUCUGACCAUAUUCAGCCGCUACUGUUUUCCUUCCAACUAUCUCAUCAACCCGAAAUAUUUUCGAGCUUCAGUCACUACAUUUCUUCCAAAACUGAAAAAGGCCAAACACUCACUAAACCCAAAUAUCUGUUCUUUGUUCCAGAAGACACUUGCAGAAGUAGCAAAGUGAUGUGAAGUUAGCUUCCAAGAUGACUCUUCUACCGGGAGAAAAUUCUGAUUAUGACUAUAGUGCCCUGAGCUGCGCCUCAGAUACUUCCUUCAACCACACAUUCUUUCCAGAAACAGAAAGCCUUAAGGGAGUCUUUUACCAAAGAGCCAGACUAAUUCACCCUGAAGAGGAUCUCCUGAAAGGCAUUCACUCAGAUGAUCGGAAGCAUCAUAUUAUUAUAAACGUAGGGGGCAUUAAAUAUUUGCUCCCAUGGACCACACUUGAUGAAUUCCCAUUGACACGUUUGGGCCAACUGAAAUUCUGUAACAAUUUUGAUGACAUUCUAAACAUCUGUGAUGAUUAUGAUGUGACAUGUAAUGAAUUCUUUUUUGACCGCAACCCAGGAGCAUUUAGGACAAUCCUGACUUUUUUGCGGGUUGGAAAACUUCGGCUCUUGCGUGAGAUGUGUGCACUGUCCUUCCAGGAGGAGCUGCUCUACUGGGGAAUUGAGGAAGACAACUUGGACUGGUGUUGUAAAAGGAGAUACCUUCAAAAAAUGGAGGAGUUAACAGAAAUAAAUGAAAGAGAGGAUGAUCUCCUAGAAAAUGAAACUCCAGGUGAAACAGUGGAGGAGACAAAAUUUGGCCUGUGCAUGAAAAAGUUGCAAGACAUGGUGGAAAGGCCCCAGUCUGGCCUCCCCGGGAAGGUGUUUGCUUGUUUGUCUGUUUUAUUUGUAACUAUUACAGCAGUGAACUUGUCCAUCAGCACCAUGCCUGACCUGAGGGAGGAGGAGGAAAGGGGUGAGUGUUCCCAGAUGUGCUACAAUAUUUUCAUUGUGGAGUCCGUCUGCGUGGCGUGGUUUUCACUGGAGUUCCUGCUAAGGUUCAUCCAGGCAAAGAGCAAGUUUGCAUUUUUGAGGAGACCGUUAACCCUGAUAGACAUAAUAGCCAUUCUGCCAUAUUACAUCACUUUGCUAGUAGAUACCACUUCAGUGGGCUAUAAAAAGCCAAGCUCUGGGAGCAUCUACCUGGACAAAGUAGGUCUGGUCCUGCGGAUUCUCCGUGCCUUGAGGAUUCUUUACGUCAUGCGGCUGGCCCGGCACUCCCUGGGCCUGCAGACGCUGGGGCUGACGGCUCGCAGGUGCACCCGCGAGUUCGGCCUCCUGCUGCUCUUCCUCUGCGUGGCCAUUGCACUGUUUGCACCGCUCCUGUACGUCAUUGAGAACGAGAUGGCGGACUCGCAGGAGUUUACCAGCAUCCCUGCGUGCUACUGGUGGGCCGUCAUCACCAUGACCACAGUAGGCUAUGGCGACAUGGUUCCCAGGAGCAUUCCCGGCCAGGUGGUGGCACUAAGCAGCAUACUGAGCGGCAUCCUCCUCAUGGCAUUCCCAGUUACUUCCAUUUUUCACACGUUUUCACGCUCCUACAUUGAGCUAAAGCAAGAACAGGAAAGAAUAAUGUACAGGAGAGCACAAUUCUUAUUAAAAACAAAGUCGCAGAUAAGCAAUGCAUCACAAGGGAGUGAUAUUUUAUUCCCCAGUAUCUCUUCUGAGACUAGGGACAACGAAUGAAAUUGAAGUUACUGUUUCUCCUGAUGUCAAAUAACGUUUUGUUGUAUCAGAUUCCAUCUUUUAAUUUGCUUUGGAAAUGUUUUACAAAGGCAACCCUCAUAUUAAAAUGAAGAAAAGGGGCUAUUAAUCAGGAACUGAUGUGGUUUAAGUCUACUAUUAUGCUGUUUCUUUCUUUCCUCACACCCCCAGCCCCCUCAAGCAAAAUGUAUUGUUAGGACAGCUCUUUCUAUGAGAUCACAGAGAGGGAUUUUGAGACUUAAAAGUGCUCUGGCAAAAAUAAGAACAACAUAUGAUUAUGUACUUGACAGGCUGUGUUGUCAUUGGUAAUACUUUUUGAUUUGGCUAAAAAAGGUGUAUAUAAUCAUUACACAGGCUUUCCCUUUUUUUUGUUGUUAUAUAUAAAUAAUGUAAAUAGAACAAAAUCAAUGGCUAAAUUAUCUCCAAGCAUAACGCCACUGAGCAUAAUGGAAGUAACCCCAUAUAUUUGUCCCAUUGUGCUCUUAAAAACCAUUACGCAAGAUUUAUGUCCUUCACAAUGGCAAAUGUAUCUUUCCUUGCAAGUCAGCCCUAAACAUAAUAGAAAAAAAGAACUGAGCUGUUUGUAUCACAAGGCAACCUCGCUAAAGAUGUAAAUAGUCAUAGCUCGCCAUCUUCAAAAUUUAGAUGAAGUUAUGGUGUUGAUCCUGUCAUUGAAUACAGUAUUCCCAGGAACAAAGUCUUUUGAGUUUUGUAUCAUUUAAUAUUGUUAUCGAGGGGUGACUAGCUGCAAAUCAAAUGAAAUAUGCAUGAUAAGAUGCCAGUCGUUCCCUACCAUCUGUUGCCAUGUUUUUUUGCUUUACCUCAGAUAGAAACAGGAUUAAAAGAGAACUGUUUCCAGGGGACACCCUACCAUUACUUGGCAAAUCGGUGCUGCGGCUACCCAUUCACAUUCAGCAUUUGGUUCUUUAAAGGAGCAAAAAAUAUAUGGUCGUGGGAAGUCGGUUGCCAAUGAUGAAAAUAUCAUUUGAGUCACAGGGUGGGGGGGAUUGACAGCUUUACACUUUCCUGUCCUCAGUCAUGAGGGACUUAAUUAACCAUACCUUUACCAUUACUACAGACAUCAUAGCAACUGAGAACAUUUAGAAUAGGAUAAAGGCAAUUAAGUGCCCAAAACACAAGUCUGUAUUGUUCAUCCACGCACGUGUCCUGGUCCAGGUUCCCCCACCGAAGUCAGUGGGAGUACAUGGGUGAGUGAGACACUCAGGUUUGGCACCAGUUUCUGUAGAGACUAAUGACAGACCUCCCCUUGAGCUUGGAGGGGAUGAGAUUGGGUUGCAUAACUGCUCCGGAGACAAAAUCCAGAAACUUAACAGAAAAAUCAAAUCCAUUUGUUUGACUUGCAUGUCUUCUCAGAGGUAAAGAAAAGCUAAACAUAAGAGUUUCACUUUUUUUUUUUUUUUGUUUAAGUAGACUUUACUUGCCAUUAACUCUUAAGAGCUAGAAAAACGUUGGAGCUGCCAUCACAUUUACCAAUGCCUCUUGUCUCAAUUUGCAAAAUUACUAUUGUUCACUGGCAUUUCUUGAGUAGGUUGGUAGAAAUGCCAGAAUGUGUGAUGGUUCCGCGAUUUAAAUUUUUAAAACAGAUGGCAUUAGUUCAUCAACCUAUACUGUACGGCCAAAUAACAUUAUUAAACAUAUUUAAACAAUAUGUUUAAAAUAACAUUUGAAGCUGUUUUGGUGUGCUUAUUCUUAGAGAAUAAUAACAAAACUUUUAAAAAUGCAUUUCACAAACACAAAUAAUUAGGACUCUAAGAGUCUUCACCCUGUCAUAGGUAAAUAGGCCUAUGGAACAUUAGUGCAGAGUUAAAAUAUCUAGGCUGAGCUCUUGGCAAUUAAUUACAUGCCAGAACUAGGAACGUAACCAGCUUUUCAUUCUCCUUCUUCAGCUUUAAUUAGAGUUGGACAAAAAACAGGAACAUUGCAACAAAAAGGGACACAUUUUUCAUCCAAAAUUUUCUAAUUUCAAAAACGUUUGAUCAUCUGUAGCAUUGGCUUCAACACAAGUGCUAUGCAUCCUUCUACCUUUGUGGCAGCAUCCAUUAUAAAAAGAAUUGGUAAUUAGGUUAGUCCUGUGAUCAACAGUGAGUUAUAUAUCUUUAAUAAGUUGAGCCAUAAACGAGAAGGUAUAAGGAGAAACCAAGGAUUACAAACCUAAUAUCAUUUCCAUUUUAUGCUGGGUAACAAAUGCUGAAGAACUGGCCAUUUUCUCAAUGUCUUUACACUGAAUUAAUGCUCGCUUAUUUUAUGUAUAUAUUUAUUUUUUAAUCGUACAACUAUAGUUUGAUUUUGCAGUCUUUGUCCAAGGGAAAAAAAAAAAUCACCCUGAAGCUGGGUGUUGGCUGAGCCCUGAAAGCAUCUUGGCCAUUGGGAGUUCUGCCCAAGUCAGGAACUAUUUGUUCCUGACUUUCAGCCUUUCAGGAUGCACCCCUUCGUAAUUUUGUACUUGGCAACACAUUACUUGUAAGAAUAUCAACAUGUUUUACUAUGAAUCAUUGUAACAAACUUGCUUAUGUUUUACACAAGGUGAUACAUACUGUAGUCCUAAUGCUAAAUAAAUCCAGCUAUACAUCUUAAGAGCACAUUAGUGUGAAACCCACAUGCUGUGUCCUCCCAGCUUCUACUGUGAAGGCUGAAGGUUUAAGAUGAUUAUAUCUCCUUACAGUACAUUAUCUCAAAUUUUAGUCAAAUUCAUGAAAAUUACGGAUUGACUCAAAAGCUGACUGUUUCCAGUGACACAGCUGACAGCUACCAAGUCACCAAGUCAGUUAUCGUUCCCCUUUUUUUUUUCAUUUUUUGCAUUUUAACAGGAUGUGCAGUCAACAAGAAAGUUCCAAUAAAAACACUUUGUACUUUUAUGAAGUCAAAGGAAUUGUUUGAAUUGCCACUGCUAAAAGUGGUGCACGUCUCCAACAGAGAUAGGCUUGCAUUGCUAUUUAUAUUAUCCUGCGCAUACUGCAGGAAUAUGUAUAGUAUGAAAUCAAACAGCAGUAUCUGUUUUAAUUUUGAUUAAUAAAGUUUUAGGCCUUUCAUUUUCAUGUGUUUCUUACAGCAUAGAAAGAUUGUCACCAUGUUAUAGGCAUGCUUGACAACCUAGGGCCAAUAUGAGAAGUGGCCAGCAGCUGAGAGAGAAUUUGGCCAUGAGCAUCACUAGCUGAAGCAGGCUGGCUGUGAAAGAAAGUAUUUAUUAGGAAAUAAAAUUAUCCAAGUAUCCCCAGUUCCUCAAAAAUGGUAACAAAAGCAACGAAGAUCACUUGAUGAGCGUACCUCUGGCAAAUUGCAAAGACAGACCCACAGCAUCACUUACAAGGUGAGCUGGAGUAGUCUAAGAUUUGUAUUACACUACCAUUCACUAUAGGUCAAUGUCUUAGAGAAAUUUCUCUUCAGGGAAUAUAGAGGAGUUGUCUCCAUCUGUCCCUUUAUAUUUUUCCCACUGUAACUCAGUACUCCAGAUCUUCACAGUCAGGAGCUUUAGUAGUGUCAGUGAAUAGUCAGAGGCUUUAGCAGUGACCAAUUAAACAGAAAAAGAAAUUAUGCAGAACUGAAUCAUGGAUUUACAAGUCAUCAGAUGCACAUGUCUGGGAAGGAAAACUGGCAUGUUCUAUACAUUCAUGACUUGUGUGGGUGGAGUUUAACUGAGGCGUCAGGCUGACGCAAACACAAAAACUGUUGCAAGAGAAGGCACUUGUUCCUACUGCUGUAGUUCUCUUCUGUAAUUAUAAACAAGGUUUCAUAGGAAUCUCCCUGUAAGCAGAACCUUCCCCCUCAAAUGAUCUUCACCCUUUAGGCUACAGACCAAGAUCCAGAGUCAUCGCAAUUAAUGUUAGGUACUUACCAAAGUGCCUGAAGUAGCAGCCUAGUUGCCAAAAGGUCUAAAUUACCACCGAGAGAUUUUAUUCUUCUCUUUCUCCUUCUCUUUUUUUGUUUCUUUUAAAUAGAGGGAAUCUAGAAUGAACUACGUCCUUAAUUCAGGUGUCUCAUUAAAAGCCCAGUGUUAGGUUAGAUGAAUCCCAGCUGUAUUCUUCAAUUGCACAGAAUCACCAACAUCUACCAUCACUAACUCUCCAUCAUUUGGCCUUUCCACAUUUCAUGCACUGCAUACUGGGACCAAGAAAUAUGAAGAGGUGCAAAGAAUCCUGAUGCAAGGUCCAGAGAGGCCAGCUUGGUCUUGAUCAGGAUCACCACUUCACAGCUUACCAUAAAAUAGUUGUGUUCCACACAACUACUGAAUAUUUUUUGCUCAGAUAAGAAAAAAAAAAGACUAGAAAGUUAAAACAAGAGGAAAGCAACAAGUAUUUCACAUAACAAAGCUAUGAAACUUCAUACCCCACUCUUAGCUUUGCAACAGGCUGAAAAUUAGACUAGAUACUCCUAAAUCUAUACAAAUUUAAUUGACUGUGUUUAAUCAGAAAUCAAAUUUAAAAGUGGUAAAUGAGACUUUGAAGACAGGGACAUCAGUCUCUGCUCACAUAUCAGUCUUUGGCAUCAGCCAGCUGACCUGAGCCACUGAUUCUGGCCCAGGCAUCAGAGUUCACUCAUUAUUUUCAUUUACAUCAUUUACAGAAGUUGCCACAAUAAUAUAUAGCCUGUCUCGUUCUUAUGUUAAUAGCUGCUGUUGGCUUCCUUACGAGAGAUUUUACAGCAACUUGAGUAUCUAUUUAUCCAAAAGAUGACAUAGGUACCAAAGGUACAGAAAAAAACCUUGCCAGAAGUACACUGCAGAUUGCCUCAUGAAACAGUGGAGCUGUGGUAUCCCACAGCCCAUUCUGAGAUCACAACAGUGCAGCCUAUAGAAACCAGAGGGAUUGAAGGCAUGGAGCUAAUGUUCAUCACAGGGGAUGAACUCCCAUGACCAAAAGUAGUCUUCAAAAGUUCUGCUGCUAAAAUGGAAAAUGCUUAACACUAGAUUUACCCACUUAUCCAUUUACUGCUUCAUCUACGGCAUUUUAACAAUACCUUUUCAGCACUGCUAAUGAUCUCAGUGUUACUACCUUAGUAAUGAUCAUAUAAAAACCUAGACAGAGAAGAGGAGAAGACUGGCUUCAAUCUAAAACUUCUAAUUCACUGAAGCACCUCAGCUUUGUGCAUGUUCUUCUGUCUUGUCUUCUUACAUUAGAGUGUAAGUCCUUGGGACAGUACUUCUCGUUUGGCAUCAGCCAGUCACUGUAUAGCACUAUGUAAAAUCAUAUACCACAAAUAAAGAUAAAUUUGUACACCACAAAAAGUCAAGGAGAACUCUGCCUGCACUGCCAAACUGAAAAUGCUCGGAAUUUGGCCUAUUGAUUAACAACAAUAAAAUCAGAACUUCCUCCCCUUGU